AAAUAGUUUGUGAGACGUAAUUAAUAGUUCGUGUAGUUUUUACAAGUUUUAUGUUUGUAUAUGCUAUGGAGUCUGUUGCUAAGUUCCUAAAUGCCGCCAUAGUUUUACCAUUUACAGCUGGAGAUGCAUCUGAAAACCAAAUAAACAAUUUGAAUAUUCGACCACACGAUGGUAGUAUCAGCGGAAUGAUUCUUAUUUCAAGCGUCUUGGUGAUUGUUUUUCUUGCUAUGUUUGGAAUAAGAUUGGUGGAUUCAAAAGUUAACAAGACUAUACCAUAUUUGACAUUACGUUCCUAUCUGUGUGUCACAAUUUUCCUAGCUAUAGUUGUGUUUAUUGCUCAUUUCAUCAUUUAUCGAGUGAAUCUUGUAAAACAUAGAAAUUUAGCUUUAACGUGCUUAAAUAGAGUCGAUGCUGUUGCUCAAUUGAAACUUGGAUUUUUAUGGAUUUUUACGUUCGGAGGUAUUUUGUAUGCUUCGGUAAAAGUGAUCAGAGUUCCAUGUAAAGCAAAUACACUUAAGGACUAUAAGAAUGUCGGGUGUAUCGACAACAACUUCACAUACUACAAAGACUACGAAGAGGCAAACAUAACUUUUCAUUGCCUUCAAAUUUCUUUUUAUUUCAUCCAGUCUUGUUUUAUACAUUUCUUCAUUCGUUCCAGCUUCAAAAGUUCAUGGAAGAUUUAUUAUAGUUUUGUAUUUAUAGUUCUCGCAAACAUAUCACAAUGGGCGCAUUAUUUUGCGGAAAUAUACAAGGACUCCAAUUCAAAAAGUUAUAAACUAUUUUGUCCAAUGAGUAAUUAUUCAAUUGCUAACUGCUACUGGGAAAUUGUUUUGAAAGAAAUAGAACCAUACUUAAGACCAGUUGAAAUGGAAUACUUCCUGUUAUCAAUGGUUCUGAUUGCUGAACUUUGGCCAUCUAAGAAAAGUAACUCAAAUGCAAUUUAUUUGCUCGAAGAAGGUAUUGCAAAUGAAUACACACCACUAGAAUCAACCACACCUGGAUUACGAAAAGAGCAUAGUGUGUGUUUGUCAAGUCGUGUACGGACUUGUAUAUUCGUUACUUUGGUAGUUAUAUUUUUUCUGCCUUGUUAUAUCUUCAGUUACUUAGCUUUAGAAGAACGCGAGAAGAAAGCGGAAUCCGUCAAUGCAACAACGAAAACUGUCUAUUUAUUUUAUGAUAUAUUUAUAUCAUUGAUUGAGAAAAUGCUAUUGAUUACGAGCUUUUAUAUCAUUUCUCAAUGGUCAUAUUUUAGACCCAUGAAACGAAAAGAAGGUUUUCAUUUUCAUCAUAAGAUGAUAAUUGCAAGUUUUCUAGGUUCCAUUGGAUAUUUAUCAUUAGUUAUUCUAUCGUGCAUGCAUGAAGGAAACGAAAAUAUGUUAAUCGCCCAGAAAUUUCUAACAAUGAUAAAACUUUACUUUCAAGUUGUUUGCAUUCUUCAAUUACAUAAUUAUGAAAAAUGUCACCGAGGCGUCGGCGAAUACAUUUAUCUUGCUCUAUCGAUUCUUAAUCUUUGUUCUUGGAUUGAUGGCAGUAUUUUUGGAGGUAUAUCUAUAUACGAUGAGGAAAUGUUCAAAGAGGUAUAUGAUGUCACCACUCAAAGACUCAUAUUUAACAUUUUAUUUCCCUUUUUAAUAUUCUUUAGAUUUAAAUCCUUUAUUUUAUUUUAUGGGAUUUAUCGCCAAACCUCAGUUAAUGAUACUAUUUUAAAUAACACUGAUCAUUUACGAUUCGAUGAGCUGUAAAUUGUCUACAUUCAAUUCAUUCUAUAAAUAAUCGUUUUCCUAUGUGAGGGUGUCGAUGAGAAAACCAUAAUAGAAAUUAAUAGGCAGAAAGAAGAAGUAGGAAAAAGAGAAAUCACAAAAAAUACUAUUAAGCUCUGAGAAAAAUCAAACGAAAUGUCCUUAAACAAAGGCAAAAUCAAAAGCUUAACCACAUCAAACGAAUGGACAACAUACAAGAAAAACUAUAUUUAAGAAAUAGAGAAAAAAGGGCAAACAAACAAAGAAAAGAUAAUAAUGGGGUGCUGAAAUAUAUAUGAAGAAAAGAGCAUAAUGGGGUUCUUAAAUAUUUAUGAAGAAAAGAGCAUAAUGGGUUAAACAUAUAAAGAAUAGAGAAAAAAGGGCAAAAAAAUAAAGAAAAGAUAAUACUCCCUAUCCAGACCCUUUUAUGUGAAUAAUAACUUAUUUAGAUUCAGACGAAACGGGAAAUUAAUUAUCUGUUAUAACUUUUAUUAUGAUUCACGUGAAAUGUAACAAUUUACUUAAACUGUUGUCAGAUCGUUAUCUUUUCUU